AUGCUACAAAUGCUAUCAUCUUCAUUAUCUCUUGCAACAUUAACCACUAGUAGUAUUGUUUUAAUUAUACUUCUUAUAAUAUUAACUCUAAUAUGGUACAUAUCAGCUUCGAAGUCACCGAAUGCUUCACCUCGUUUUCCUAUAUUGUUAUCAAUCUUACGCCGUAGAUACGAUUUUAUUAAUAAAGGUCCACUUGAACUUAUUCAAGAUGGUUACAAUUCUCUCGGUGAUAUUUUUCGAAUACAAAUACUUCAUCAAUCUGUCGUAUUUCUUAUUGGUCCACAAGCACAUAAAGUUUUUUUCGAAGCCAAAGAUAAUCAGCUAUCACAACGUGAAGUUUAUACAUUUACCAUACCUGUAUUUGGUAAAAAUAUUGUCUAUGAUGCAUCACCAAAAAUAAUGCAACAACAAUUAAAAUUUGUAAAUAAAGGUUUAAACCUAAUCAAUAUGAAAGCACACAUCGGUAAAAUAGUUAUGGAAGCUGAAGAAUGGUUUAAUCGAUGGCCUGACUCGGGAGAAAUCGAUUUAAUGAAAGAAUUUUCUCAAUUAAUUAUUCUAACUGCUUCCCGAUGUUUUUUAGGGAAAGAAAUUCGUGAAAAUGUUCAAACAGAAUUCGCCCAUUUGUAUCAGCAGCUAUCCGAUGGUAUGAGUCAUCUAUCAUUUUUCUUUCCCAAUGCUCCAACACCUGCACACAGAAAACGUAAUGCUGCUCGAAGUAAGAUAGCAAAAAUAUUCGAAAAAGUUAUUAAACAACGUCGAAUCAACGAAACGAUUGAAUACGAUGAUUUUUUACAAGUAUUAAUCAAUGCACGAUAUUUAGAUGAUUCAACACCAACCGACGAUGAAGUAACUGGAUUACUAUUAGCAGCUCUAUUCGCUGGACAACAUACAUCAAAUAUUACGAGUACAUGGAUGGGAUUAUUGAUAAUAAAAAAUAAAUCGGAAUGGAUGUCUAACUUGUUAGAAGAACAAAAACAAAUUAUGGACAAAUAUCAUCAAGAUUUAUCAUUAGAUUCUUUGUCGGAAAUGAAUCUAUUACAUGCAGCUAUGCAAGAGACAUUACGAUUAUAUCCGCCAUUAGUAUUGCUAAUGAGAAAAGUUAUUGAACCAAUAUUAUAUAAUGGAUAUGUUAUAUCGAAAGGUGAUAUUGCUGUUGUAUCACCACCCAUUGCUCAUCGAAUAUCGAAUGUUUAUAAAAAUCCCGAAGAAUUCAAUCCAGAAAGAUUUUUAGGUGAAAAUCCUGAGGAUCAAAAAGAAAAAUUUAGUUAUAUUGCAUUUGGUGGAGGCCGACAUAGUUGUUUAGGAGAGAAAUUUGCUUAUUUACAAGUGAAAACAAUUUGGUCAAUAUUAUUAAGAAAAUUUGAUUUUGAACUUUGUCAAGAACAUCCCGAACCAGAUUAUUCGGCACUUGUUGUUGGACCUAAAGGACCAUGUAUAGUUAAAUUUAAACGUAAAAUCGAUUCUUUGUAA